ACAGAAAUCGUUAUUCUGUUUUGGUAAUGGUGGAGAGGGAGGAAGGGAGACCCGAGCCCCAGACCAAGGCCGAGUAGUGCCUGGCGGGGCGUGUUGACGUGUGUGUGUGUGUGUGUUGGUGAGCAGCGUUCAUUGCAAGGUGUGUUCCUCCAUAUUUACCGCAUAAAAUGAAGACAAAGAUUCUUGUGUUGCCCUGUAAUGUGUUGUUCUAUGGCUGUGUUGUUGUCAGUGCUAAGAGGCUGGGGGAGGGAGAGGCUUAGUGAAGCAGACUAUGGUGAUGCCAAGGUUAUUUACUUUGUUGAAUCUCGUCGACUACGGACACAGCUGAGGUGGACCUCCGCUGCUUCCCACUGGCUCCUCUCCUCUUGCUGAAGCACUGGUGGCAGUGCUUCCAGAUGGUCAUCCUCAGAGCACCACAUUCAUCAGAGUCGGCCCCAAAACCUUCAAUGGCACUCCAGUAAUGAGGCAUUACCCGGUGGGCGUGCUGCUUGACCUCCCCUGACCCGGAACCUCACGGCACACUUCCCAGAGCAGGACCUCAUCCACUAACCCUCAAGGCAUUACCUGGGGGGCAUGCUGCUUGACCUCCCUUGCAGGGUCGCCUUGCUGCCCUGGAACCUCCCGGUACACUUCUCACACUUCCCAGAACAGAAUCUCAUCCACUGCCCCUCAAGAGGUUGUUGAGUCACUCUUCACGUCCUCCCUGAAGGAAGCCGGCGGCCUGAAGCACCGCGGGCAGGUCACCACCACCAGCCUGCAGGCCAGGGACCACAGACACCUCUGGAUGGGACUCUGGAAUGGCAGGCUUCACUGUGGCUUCACUAAGGUCUCCUCACUCUUAUAUAUACUCAAUUUUGCAUCAGUACACACGUCAUCGUCAUUGUCAUAUAUUGGUUGGUAUUAUCAAACGCUUUCGUCCAUCACAUCAACUGUUUCCAAAGGCCAAACAGGAGAUAAAUUGGGUUCUCAUGAGUGCUCUUUUAGGUUCAUGGUACAGAAGAAGGGUCAAACUACCACCAGGGUCAUACAACUGUCCUUGGAAAUGCCCAAAAUGCCUAUGAAAGCCUCGCCAAGUAUGUGUGCUUGGGUGCCAAAAUGUUGAGUUAUACAGCCCAUUAUUUCUCUGCUAUAGGAUGAAGGUCUUUCACAACUCUUUUUGGCAGCUCCUCUAUACUUUAUUUUAUUGGAGCAGAGGUUAGUGUUUUUUUCCCCCUGGAGUUGCUUCCUUUAAUGAAAACAAAGUCCAUUUGUCUCUGUGUCUGAUGUUAAUACACUUCAUCCUGCCCCACAAAGCUUCUAAUUUCACGUCCUGCUUCUCUGUCUGCCCUGACUUACACGCUGGCUGGGUGCUUUGGUUCCUCAGCUGCUCUGAGGUGCAUGAGAUGAAGUGCACAAGUCCAAGCCUCACCUUUCAUAGGCACCAGGACACCUUUAACCUUUGUCUGUUCCCUGGUCCAGGACACUCAAGGCCUGUCUCCCCAUGUUGUGCCUGGCAUUCUUCUCCAUUCAGCUUGGCACAUUUCUUAACUUCUCUCUGGAUCUUGUGUGAGGUGCAGAGUUUAUGAAGCACAUUUUAGGGCUGGGAAUAUGCACAGACUGCACCCUUCUCCUCAGGGAGAGGGGCAGGUUUAUAGUCAUAAUAAUACAAUGUUUACCAAAAUUGUUCCAUUCCAUUUCUCUCCUGAUUUCUUAUUCAUUUUGUAGGCCUGGUUUGCAGUAAUUAGGUAAAGUUUGGGGCACAUGUUACAAGUGUGCCUGGCUGUGGUGCUCAUCUCCAUCCCUCUGGCCCUUGAGCCAGCAGCGGGCAAGGACCCUUCAGCCCCAGGACAUGGCCACUACAGUAUCUGGGUCACCACAGCUGCCUUGCCCAGGUUCCCUUUUAUAGACCAACCCAAAAGGCAGGAUGAACAGCUGGGUGGGUCGUCAUUAUAACCCAGACCGGUGUGUUCAUAGCUAGCCGUCAACCUCUCCUCCAAGGUGUUAAGAACAUAAGAACAUAAGAACACGGGGAGACUGCAAGAGGCCGAGUGACCUACACUGGGCAGCUCCAGAAUCCCCCCCACUACUCACGAUGGGUGAGGUGUAGUUUCUGGGGGCGUACGCUCCAGUACCCUGUCACCUUACUGCAUCCACACCUCACUGCCACCUGUCGUCCUCGUCCAUGGAGCUAUCCAGUCUACUCUUAAAACAAGCUAUCGUCCCUGCACUAACUAUGUGAUUGCUGAGUCUAUUCCAUUCCCCCACCACCCUAUUACUAAACCAAUGCUUGCCUAUUUCCCUCGUAAAUCUGUACUUUUCUAAUUUAAAUCCAUUACUGCGUGUUCUAUCCUGCUGGCUAAUUCACAUAACUUUACUUAUAUCGCCUUUGUUGUAACCCUUGACCCAUUUGAAUACUUCUAUCAGAUCUCCCCGCACUCUUCGUCUCUAGUGAAUGUAAGUUUAGAUGUUUCACCCUAUUUUGAUAUGGGAGGAUCCUCAGCCCCUGAAUCAUCUUGGUCAUCCUCCUCUGAACUGAUUCUAGCAAGUUGAUGUCCAUUCUGUGGUGUGGGCACCAAAACAGGACAGCAUAAUCUAAGUGUGGUCUAACUAACGCUAAAUAGAGUCUGAGGAUGACCUCUGCACUCCUGUUGGUUACCAUCCUGUUAAUAAAGCCUAAUACCCUGUUAGCCCUAUUCCUCGUACUAAUACAUUGCUUCCUUAGUUUUGGGUCAAGAUUUCACUAACACUCCCAGAUCCCUUUCACACUCUGAUCUGCCUAUUGCUGUGGAGUCUAAACUAUACCCGUGUAAUGGGUUGCGUGUUCCUACACUAAGUACGCUACACUUGGUGAUGUUAAAAUUCAUCUACCAUUUCACUGACCAAGCUGACAGUUUGUUGAGAUCCUCCUGCAGUGCUCUAGCAUCCUCCCCUGUCCUUAUAGUCCGUCCUAUUUUGGUGUCAUCCGCAAAUUUACCUGUCACUAGUUAUCCCAUUGUCUAUGUCACUGAUGUAGAUAAUGAAUAAAAGCAGGCCUAAAACUGAACCUUGGGGAGCCCACUGGUAACAUUACCCCAUUCAGAUUUUUUACCGUUAAUGGUAACCCUCUGUUUCCUGUCGCAAAUCCACGCCCUAAUCCAAUCAAAUACCUUCCCUCUAAUCCCAUGAGCCCUGACUUUAUUUAACAGUCUCUGGUGAAGUACCUUAUCGAAGGCCUUACUAAAAUCAAGAUAAACUACAUUGUAACUCUCAUCAUUGUCAGCUGCCUCGUAUACUCUAUUGUAAAAGGAUAAAAGAUUAGUAAUGCAUGACUUUCCUUUAAUAAAUCCAUGCUGUGAGUCGUGAAUUAAAUUAUGACUGUCAAUAUGGUCCCUAAAACCCUAAUACUAUCUGCUAUUAUUGACACAAGCAUUUUACCUGAACAGGAGAAAGCUGAAAGUAAAUGUCAACAAGAGUAAAGUGAUGGUUUGUGAGUGAAGUAGAAGUGAGGUUGUAGAUUUUGUAUGCCCAUAUAGAGUGGGAAUUGAAUGUGAAAAAGAAUGCAAAAUAAUUUUGAAUGGUGAAGAAAUGGAGGAGGUAAAUGAGUUUAAGUACCUUGGAUCAGUUAUGUGUAAGCAUGGUGGUAUGGAGGGAGAGACAAGAGAAAGGGCAUUGCAAGGAAGAAGGGUGGUAGGGUCUUUGGGACGAAUCAUGAAUGGCAGAAGUGUGAGCAUGGAGGUAAAGAGGGAUUUGAGAGAUACAAUAAUAGCACCAACCCUCACAUAUGCAAGUGAAACGUGGGCCUGGAAUGAAAGUCAGAGGUCUAGAGUGCAGGCAGUGGAAAUGAGUUAUUUGAGGAGUGCUUGUGGUGUGAGUAGAAUGGAUGGAAUGAGUAAUGAAAGUGUGUACGAGCAUUUUGGAAUGUGUCACAGGGGUGAAGGGAAGAAGUGUAGAGUGGUGGAAGAAGUGAAGCGACAGACUUUAAAGUGGUUUGGCCACAUGGAGUGAAUGGAGGAGAGUAAGAUGACCAGAAGGGUGUAUGUGAGUGAGAUAGAGGGAGGGAAUGUUAGAGGACAACCUCCAGUGAAAUGGAGGGAUAGGGUGCAAGAGUACAUUAGGGAGAGGGGGGAAAGAUCUUUGAGAAACUUUGAGCAGGCAAGGAGGGAAUGUCUGGAUAGAGGAAGAUGGAAGCUCUUCUGCCGUGGCCAUCCCCUGCUGGGAGCUCCUAGGAGCAGGCGUCGAUGAAAUGAUGAUGAUGAUGAUGAUGGGUCUAGAACAAUGUUUUCAAAGUCACAAUCAACAAACUAGCUCUGUCUUGCCCCUAACCUUAAAAAUCAACAAAAAAUGAGAACACGCCAGGUUUGCCAAGACCCCAAAGCUCCCCCAGUAACAAAUAAGAUCACUAGGUUUUGCCGAAGUCAACACUAAACCUUCUUCCUCCUCUUCCUCCUCCUCUCAGAUCAACCGCACGUGCAAGACAUGCCAGGCUCUGAUGUCCAGUGUGGAGGAGAUCGGAAUUCCUAUCAUGAGGGAGACACACAACCGCACCACACCCUCACCGGACGCCAGCAAGCUAUUGCCAUCCUGUAGUCGCCACACCUCCAGGCUGGUCGUGGCUUGGGGGGGAACCGUACAUUUUCUCCUCAGUUCUGUGUCUUAAUUUUAGGGAGCCACCAUCAAGCAGGACGACCACUCCGGAGCCAUCAUCAUCACCCGCAUCAUGCAUGGCUGACUGCUCCGGCCUCAUCCAUGCUGCCGACGAGGUGCAGGGGUCAACACCUUCAAUGUGGAGGGCAAGACACCGGCAGAUGUCCACAAGAUGCUGGUGCAGGCGGAGGGCACCAUGACCUUCAGGCUGCUCCCGGCCAGCAGCUCGGUGCACCUCAGGGAGAGCAAGGUGAGGGUGCACGCCUACUUCCACUAUGACCCCAAGGAGGACAACAAGCACAUUCCCUGCAAGGAAGCUGGGCUGCCCUUCAACAAGCUGGACAUCCUGCACAUUGUGACCCAGGAUGACCCCUACUGGCCUGGAGCACCGCUUCACGAGGAAGUAAAUCUUCAUUCCCGACGAGACGAGCGGCGAGGCGGCACCGCGGCUCCAGGCGGGGCGGCGGCUCCUCCGACACCCGCGUCAUGCCCUUCAGCUUCCAGCAGAGGGUCACGUAUAUCAUCAGCCUGCCCUGAAGUCUGCUCUUCUGAACUCAAUCAUGGUAGAGGCUGUGCUGUCCUCACUCCUGCCAGUAUACUGCCCGUGCCUGCCUCGAUCCUCCCAGCCUUCCUUCUUCCAAGAGAGGCAGUGGCUGAAUGGUUAGUGUGCAGGUCCUGCGUUCACCAAGUUCUGGACAAUGUGGGUUCAAAUUCUCUGCUACCACCUGGGAUUUUUCAGUCAUUGCCAAGUGGCAUAAGGCUACCCACGUGCUGUCCUGAAGAUCACCUAUCAACCCCAACUCUAGAGGAACUGUCCAAGUGA